AUGGCGGCCAGCAGUUCUCCGGUGUCACUGUCCCAAGCCUACGUUCCGGUGUUCUCUGGAGCAGAGUACGGGAGGUGGAGUCUUAGGAUGAAGACGGUGUUUAGGUCUCAGGAGGUGUGGGAUCUUGUGGAGAAAGGAUGGGUCGAGUCCAAGGAUGAAGCCGUGGAGAAGGAGAACAAGAAGCGUGAUGCUAAAGCGCUGAGCUUGAUACAACAGGCGGUGGAUGGUGCGAAUCUGGAUCGUAUCUCAGAAGCAAAGACAGCUCACGAAGCCUGGGAGAUCUUGAGGAAGCAGUGCCAAGGAACGACGAAGGUUCGGUCCGUGAGGAUUCAGGCCCUUCAUCAGGAUUUUGAAACAUUGCAGAUGGAGGACUCUGAAAGCAUUCAGGCCUAUGUAUCUCGGGUCGUCGCUGCCGUCAGUCAGAUCCGGGCGCUUGGUCACAAGCUCGGAGAACCUGAGGUUGUUUCCAAGGUGCUGAGAAGUCUCGCACCCAAGUUCGACUUUGUAGUAGUGGCAAUCAAAGAAUCUAAGGAGAUCUCAAAGUUAUCCCUUGAUGAUCUCACGGGGACUUUGCUGGCUCAUGAAGUCAAGGUAAAUCGCGCCACUGCUAGAGUAAGUGAGAAAGCAAUGGUUAUCAAGGGAGAUUCCUCAAGCACCUGCAGCAGCAAAGGUGGAAGUCCGGGAAAUUCCUGGAGUGAUGCUAGAGGCCGAGGAAGGGGUGGCGCUCGCUGGAGAGGAAGAGGCCAAGGUGGUCGUGGACGCAACACAGAGCAUAGGAGUUAG